AGGGGUUUGAAAUAUAUCUAGCAUUUGAUUAUUUUCUGUGACAAGUGGGCACGGUCUUGCCACGUUGCCAUGGGUCUCGUGUGUCUAAAGAACUAUUUCCAAUAGUCCAGCUGGCUCUCAGGAAGCUAGACGACCUGUGUGUCUCACCUGUGCUGUAAUCGUCCGUUUCUUUUCAUUCAUCCAUCGUGAUUUUGGUCAAAUGAGUUAUGGUAACCCCACUGUCUGAGUAGUAUCAACCUCCCACUCAAUACCAUCAGUGUCAAUUAUGUUGCUGCAUAAUUCAGCAGAAAGAUGCCUAGGACAAACUUGUAUGAUAUUGAUUAGUCUCAACACAUUUAAUGUACAACUUAGUUCACAAUAACUGCACCAAAAUGCACAGCUGCAACCAAAAAAAAACGUCCACUAUAAAUACAUCUAAAGGUUAUUUUUACAAUUAGCUGAUUGCACUAUUCUGUCACAGACAGUACACAAAUCAAAUGUUUAAAAAGAUAAUCAAUUAGAAUGAUAUACUAUGUAGAAACACUGAUAAUCACAUUGGAAAAGCUAAACCAGACAUUGUUUGCUGUUGUUGGUCAACAAAUAUACUUAUAAUGAAUCAAUACCCUAAUCAUUUUUCAGUUCAAAUUGGAAUCGCUUAACCAUACCAUUUGAGGAGCAGCAAGUACAAACCCGCAGGUCACCUUCAAUUGCUAACAAAUGCAUCUACAAUAAACAUGGCAUUUAAGGUGACAGAAGCUGGCCGCAUGUAACUAAGACACUCACACAGGUGUUGUUGAGUCUUUAAUAGACAUGCAUAUGUGCUGUAAUAUGAGCGGACUUCGACUCUAGCGCCAUAUCAAGCCGACACAGCUUGCAGGAGUGUCCCUGUGUGUUGUAAUCGUCUUGCUGUUUGAGCUUUGUCUUCAGUUUAUUGUGCGUUUAUCAGGCCCUGAGAGUGAGUAGACCAGUCCAUGUUAUGGCUGAAGUGAGGGGGAUUAUCUCCGCACAGAGAGCGUACUGUUCCCUUUCUGUUUCUCUGUCUCACUCAUAGUUAAGCGCUGUUGUUUACAAUAUGUGAUGGAACAUAGUCAUGAUCCAGUGGCCACCAAAGUAGCAAGGAACAUAAUGAAGGUUUGAAACCUCAAACAAGGGAUGGAUGCACGAGUAGAGCGCUCCAGUUUCUAGGAACUAUUAUAACCCAGUUUCUAGAUCUAACAAUCUCCUUGUUUACUUCUUCUACCGAUGCCUGUAAGUAAGGCAGGGCUCGCAGUGUUCCAGUUUGAGAAGGCCGCAAUCCAUGGAGUAACCUGAUCCAAACAUUUGGAUGGAUAUAGGCUCUAUUGGAUUAUCAAUGUUGGCAGGUGAUAAUCCCAUGGAUGCCACUUCGGGUCAACAGAUGACAAUAUGGUUGAUUAUUAAUCUUGCGUAAUGGUUCGGUUUAUUAUCAGACUGUAACAGUGUUGAAUCAGGUGUGGAAUUAGUGCUGGAAAAUCUUGGCUAACAACACAUUAGUCCUACUUUAGGGGUUAUAGUAGAAUUUAAAUGGUUUAGUUGAUCAGGAAAUGAGACUGCAACAAUUCUGAUAAUCAUUUGUUUAAAGUUGUAAACAAGACUACGUCAACUUGUUUGGUUUUCAGAUUCCCAGUUGUUGUAGCAUAUUUAAUAUCUGGGAAGCUGGAAGAAGUUUGAAUCCAUGAAGUCAAGCCCUGAAGCCAAAUCAUGAAUCACAAUAAUCAACGGUAAAGAAAUCAUGUUGGGGUUUGGAGAGCAGGAUUAUUUGAAAUGUCAGUUGUAGGCAGCCCUAGUCUGGAGGAAAGAGUCUGAGUUUGCGGGCCUGGGGUCCAGAUGGAGACUCUUGUAGGUGCAUAGAGUCGGGGGUGAGGUUCCCCCCCAGCUGCUGAGCACCAAUAGGCUUUCCCCGAGCGGACUCUGCCAGGCAGCAGUGGGAGGGGACACCGAGGGAGGCCCUGUCCUCAAGCAUAGGGACAGAGGCUCGGUCAAAGUCACCCUGCGAGUCUCCUUUUCUCAGUGUGCCCCACGCUCUGCUGACACCAACCGACAGCUGGGGGGAUAAAAAUAGCCCUGUGAAGAAAAGUGCAGAGCCCCGGGGCAAAGAGCGGCACUGGAAAGGUGCCUCUCUGUAGUCAAAGUCAAGAGGGGGAGUCAUCGGGUGGUCACGACUGAGUUCUUCCUCUGUUCUCUUGCCUAAUUGCUGAUGUAAAGCAAAGGGGGCUGAUUACGAAAUAAUGGAUUGUUUCAAAAGUUCAACUAGAAGUUUUUAGGACCUUUCUGGUGAUGUAAGCCAGCACCCUUUUAUAGCUCCGUUUAGUUUGAAUCGUGAUGCUCUCUUUUAAUCUCACUGAAGAUUGCAGCAAUAAACAAGACUUAAAACUACGAAUUUUGUGUCAAAGGAUUCCCAAACAGAGCUGUCGUCCACUCCAGUUAAAUAAAGUCAAAAUGAAGUGUAAGACCUGGUUAAGUUAACUCCAAGUCAAGACCAAGUUCAAAAGAAAAGGUCCAGAGAGAAUCCAGUCCUGGUUAGGACACUGUAGGCAUAGUGUGUUUCCAGUGCUAAUCCUCUGCUAUGCUCGUGCAUACACAGCCUGAUAACAGCUCACUUCGGUUAAUCCAUGCAACAUUGUAGUCAACAAACUAGGAAUGAUAGUUUUGAUGACAAAUAUAUUAGAGUUUAAAGUAGAUCACUGGCCCUUAAUACUUACUUGAGUUAUGCCAGUCCAGAUUGAGCUACUGCAGACCUGUUUCCAAAACUCUAACACCCAUCCCCGGUUUGAUAUCACACAAAAUGAAGUUGGAAUUGAAGUCCGACACUUUGAAAAGUCUGUAAUCAGUAAAAAACACACACACACACACACAGUUGAAAGCUAUCCGAGAUGAAUGCAUCUCAACAUGGUGAAAUAAUCCAGUAUCAGACGGUGCGAUACGACACUUUGCCUCUGUCCCCUAUCUCCAGAAACAGACUCAAUGCAGUAAAGAGGAAGAUUCUGGUUCUGGACCUGGACGAGACGCUGAUCCACUCUCACCAUGACGGGGUCCUCAGGCCUACAGUGAGACCUGGCACGCCGCCAGACUUCAUCCUCAAAGUCGUCAUUGACAAGCACCCAGUCAGAUUCUUUGUACAUAAAAGGCCACAUGUUGACUUCUUUUUAGAAGUGGUGAGCCAGUGGUAUGAGCUGGUGGUUUUCACAGCCAGUAUGGAGAUCUAUGGCUCAGCAGUGGCAGACAAGCUGGACAACAACAGGAACAUCCUGAAACGCAGAUACUACAGACAGCAUUGUACAUUGGAUCUAGGUAGUUAUAUUAAAGACCUGUCUGUAGUACACGAUGACCUGUCCAGUAUUGUCAUCCUGGACAACUCGCCUGGCGCUUAUCGUAGCCAUCCAGACAAUGCAAUACCCAUCAAGUCCUGGUUCAGCGACCCUAGUGACACAGCACUUCUUAACUUGCUGCCUAUGCUGGAUGCACUAAGGUUCACCGCUGAUGUGCGCUCCGUCCUCAGUCGAAACCUCCAUCAGCACCGACUCUGGUGAUUGGCUGAAUCCAGAGGGGGCGGGGCUUGUUGACCGGCCUCUUCCUCUCUGCCGGCCUCCGUCCUGCCCUCCUGUCCCACACAGAAGGCCCAGCAGCCCCCUGUGAGCCCCUCGGGCGCGUCCUGAGGAGACGAGGGCUGGGGUGACCGCCUAACAUGGGACGAACAGUACGGGAUCACCAUAGCCCACAGAACUACUGAGGAGGGUGGGGAGGGGCCAGCUUGUAUUUUUUUUUUUUUCUUCUUGAUUCUUGAUUUUUUUUUUUUUCUCAAAAGAAAAACGGAGCCUCUCUGCCUUAUUGCUCCUGAUACUGACUGUGCGUGCGUAUGGAGGUGAGCUUGUGAGUCGGAGUAUGCUUGCUGAGUUCGUUAGUCCUUUUUAAACUCCUUUGACAAUUGGGGGGGCGGGGGGGGGGGGGGGAUCAGCAAAGCAACAAAGACAAUUCUACAUUAUUUCUUCAUCAUCAUCAUCAGACAUUGCACUUAAGCAGACAAUUCAUCGUUUAGCUGUCUUAACCUCUCAGGGCAGCUGAGCAGGGGAAAUAGAAACCGCCCUUCUUUUAGAUCCACGGUAAUUCAUUGAUUCCUGAGGUACGUUUUAUUUUCCUGAAUGGAUCAACUUCGACGGUAUCAUUCGUGGACUUCUGCUUGCAACACACCAUCACACAGGCAUUUUUUUCUGGACAAAUAGCCGAGCGAACCCUGAGAUUUUUGUUUUUCUCAGCCAUAACCAUCAGUCUUUCCUCGAAGCUCCUCACAGGACUCAGUGACUGAAUAAAAGAAUGGCUUGUAACGAUACGUGGACUGCCGUGCCGCCUUUCCAUGUCUGAUUGUUUCUCUAUUAUAAUAUGUGAUAAUAUGACUUCUGCAUACCAUGACAUUUCGCUCUCCCCUUCGCCAUCUGAUGCCAUCCUGAUUUCACCGAAUAGGAAUUGCACUUAAUUUUUUUUUUUCCCUUUCUAUUUUUUGUUGCAGUUGGUUUUGUAUUUGAUUCAGAUUUACAGCCUUCCUCUAUCAGUUUCUACCCGCUCCGAUAACUGUAUGGGUUCAACUACUAGACCCUCCUCCGUCUUUAAAAUGCCUUCUGAACAAUGUAAGUCCUGUCAAGGCUCACACUGGCUUCUUAUUGGCUCUGUCUCCAGGUCUGUGUUACUAAUAAAACACUUGUCAGUAUCGAC